AUGAACACCAACAAGAAGUGGGACGAUACCUCUCAGAAGGAUCUCGUUUUCGCUAUGCUGAUGUCAACGGGUGACGGCAACAUCAAGGCAGACUGGCAAAAGGUUGACAAGAUCAUAAGCAGCUGGGGUUACAACUUCACCAUCGGCGCAAUGUCCCAGCAUUGGUCCAAGACCAUCCUGAAGGCCUUCAAGGAGCGCCACCCGGACAACGCGAAGGAUGGAGACAACACCGACCCCGCCACCCCUUCGAAGGCCGGCACUGGCCCUCGCACUCCCAAGACCCCGGCGUCCACAAAGGGCAGUGGAAAGGGCAGGAAGCGCCCUGCUUCAGAUGCCGAGACGUCUCCCGAGAGCGGUGGUAUGAAGAAGACUACCCGCACCUCCGCGAAGAAGAUGAAGUACUCCGAGGACCCUGACGAGGAUGACGAGGAGCCGGCCGUGUUCAAGGGCGAGACCGUGGACGAAGACUACGAUCACGCCAUCUAG